AUGAGCAUCUCCAAGCCAACUUUUCCAUCUGAUAUAACGCUGAACAUUCCAACUAAACCCAUGCGCAUUCCCCGACCGAAAGUCGAGAACAUGGAAUUUGUAACAACCGGCAGAAACUCGGGCUUCUACAAGGCGACGUGGAUACGUGAUAAGCCAACGUCAAAAUUACCUUCCGCCAUGGAGAUCACUGAAAACAUUAAGGAGCAAAUCGGACAAGCAGUAAAGGAAAGAGAAAACAAGGACAAAAAUGAAAACAGCGGCUUGGACGGCAAGUUGUAA